AUGACGACCUUAGGAGUCUCGACUGCCCUUGUCAUCUUCGCAGGUUCGUUGCAAGGAGCUCGGGCACAGGCGACCUGCAAUUCGACCAGUCCAUGUGGGUCUGAUGCGCCUUGCUGCUCCGAGUUCGGGUUCUGUGGGUCGGACGAUUUCUGCCUUGGCGGCUGCAACCCACUGGCCUCUAAUACCCUCGACUCUUGUCUCCCUAACCCGGUUUGCAAGGAUGCCACGUACACUUUCCCGGAUCUCUCGCGUGUUUUCUCGAACGGGAGCUUAUUUGAUGGCAACGCCAGCGCCUACGACUUCAUCGUGGACAAAGGCAACAUUAUGAACACUAACCAAUCCGGCGGCGAACUUGCUAUGCUUCUGACGGAGGAUAACGGUGGAACAAGGCUUUCUUCCACUCGUUACAUGCAAUAUGGCACUGUUAGUGCGAAGCUGAAGACAGGACGCUGGGGCGGUGUUGUCACCGCGUUCAUCACGAUGUCCAACAUCAGGGACGAAAUCGACUGGGAGUUCCCCGGAAAUACCACUACCGAAGGACAGACCAACUACUUCUGGCAGGGAUACGUUCCGGAUCCCAACAAUGGAAAGACGAUUGGCAACCUCACGGACACCUUCAGUAACUACCACGAGUACACCAUCGACUGGCAACCCGACGUCUUGACGUUCCUCAUCGACUCCAAGCCCGUGCGCACGCUCAACAAGAAUGACACACUCGACGCGCAGGGCGUCGCGCACUAUCCCAUGACGCCCGCCCGCGUGCAGCUCAGCAUCUGGCCCGCCGGCUUGAACAGCACGUCCGCCGGCACGGUGGCAUGGUCUGGUGGUCUGAUCGACUGGAACGACCCGGACUACGUCGCAGCCGGCCAUUUCUAUGCGCUCGUGUCCGAGGUGAGCGUUAAGUGCGCGAACGUGUCCGGCGAGGGCGCAAACGUCACCUCGUACGUCUACGGCGCCAAUUCGACCGCGUUCACGCCCAGCAUCUCGUUCUCGAACCAGUCGACCCUUGUCAAUGGCGCGAUGGAUGCGGUGCGGCUUCCGGUCUGGACCGGCGUCAUGCUCGCGGGCUUGUGGGUUGUUGCGACUCAACUUAUUUGA